GGGAGAGUAAGGGGAGGUGGAUAAGAGAAGGUAUAUAGGCAAUGAGGGAGUGGGAGAGUUAACAGUGCUGACAAUCUCCGGCAUGAUGUGGAAGGCGCUGCUCCUGCUCCUCUCCGUCUCCACCCUCCCUCUUAUUGAGGGCGCCGUGCUGUGCUACUUCGAGUCCUGGGCGGUAUACAGGCUCGGCGAUGGCAAGGUGGAAAUAUCCGACCUCGAACCGGCACUCUGCUCCCACUACAUCUAUGCUUUUGCUGGCAUCAACACCGAUUAUACCAUCAGGGUGUUGGACCCGUGGGCAGACCUGUGUGAUGGAGGCGGGUGCGGCUUUGAUAAGUUCACAGCCAUGAAGAACGUCGAGCCGCACCUGUUGACCCUGCUGGCCGUGGGUGGCUGGAACGACGGCUCUGCUCUUUACUCUCAGAUGGCAGAGACUGCCGAGACCAGAGCAGUGUUCAUCAAGUCAUCCAUACAGCUUCUGAAGAUUCACAAUUUUGACGGCCUCGAUUUGGCCUGGACGUAUCCCACACAGAAUGGAGGCGCCCCUCAUGACCGGGAGAACUAUGUGCAUCUGCUGCGGGAACUGAAAGAGGCGCUGGAAGCUGAAGGUAUGGUGCUGACGGUAACAGUUUCUCCAACCAAGAGUGUCAUAGACGAGGCUUAUGACAUCCCAGGCAUUGCACAACACGCGGACCUCGUCACCGUGACAACCUACGACUUGCACGGCUCGUGGGAGCACCACACUAACCAUCAUUCAGGCCUGUACGCCUUCUCCGAGGAUGUUGGCAGCGACUUGUUCCUGAACGUGGACUACAUAAUAAAUUACUGGGUGGCAGGAGGGAUGCCGGAAAAAAAGCUGGUAAUGGGGGUGCCCGCCUUUGGUCGCACUUGGACGCUGGACUCAAUCGAGGAGCACGGAUACUACGCCCCUGCCUAUUUGCCUGGGAUGACGGGGCCUUGGACGAAGACGGAGGGUUUCAUGGCGUACGCUGAGAUCUGCGUGAAGCAGGCCGAGGAGGGGUGGACGAUAGCAGUGGAGAAAGGCUGCAACGAACCUUACACUUACCAACUGUCCUCCAGCAAGAUCUGGUGCGCGUACGAGAACCACGACUCUGUCACUCUCAAGGCCCAAUACGCAGCUGACCACGGCCUUGGAGGAGUUAUGAUCUGGUCCAUAAAUGACGAUGAUGCGCACGGCGUCUGCGGUGGUCGCAAGUUUGAUCUGACAUCUACGUUGGCAGACACCUUCAACAAGGCCAAACGCUGAUGUGUCUACAGAGUGCAAGAGUUCCCGUACCCACUUUUGCCAUCUUCCCAACACUAUCCGUUCUUUCCUCGAGGCAUCUCACCAAUCACAAUAUUUGUAACAUUAUCGGCGGUGGUGCCACACAAAACAGUUCGUAUGAUCAUAAUCCCAUAUACACAAUUUCGCGUACAAAAUAAAUUAUACACAACUA